AGCCGAGAACUACUACAGCAAUGAGCUGUUCUCUGAGCUGCGGGAGGAGGGAGAGUGUUUGUGAGUGUGUGGACGCCAGGAGGAGGGAGGGGAGCAGCGCCGUCCAACACGUGAGGCUCAUGUGACGGAGAGCGUGUGUCUCUCGCCCAGGGACGUGCCUGCAGUCACAGGGUUUAUUUAACACGUAGUCAAAACCCACCCCGCGCGCUCUCACAUUGAAUCGGGCGUGGAUACUCCUCUGACAGACAGAAGUGUUCGGACCUCAGUGUGACAGCAGCGCGUCCAGCUCUCCGCGGAUUACAGGACGUUUAAGUUCAUUUUUUUCGCUUUUGGGAGUUUGAAGUGCAGGAGCAGGUGGACCUUUGGAUUAUUUAAAAGGUUUUUUUUUCAAGUUUUCCGUCUGUAUUUCGCGACAUGGAGAGGAUAACUAGUGCGCAACCGCCUCCCUGUGUGCCAAAACACCCAUCGCUGGAUAUGUCUGACAUGCAAGGAAUGGAUUUUCCUAUUUAUGUGUACAAGUCCAGAAGAGGGAUGAAGCGUGGGGAUGAGAACAAGGAGACAUAUAAGCUGCCACACAGGCUGAUUGAAAAGAAACGACGUGACAGAAUCAAUGAGUGCAUCGCCCAGCUGAAGGAUCUGCUGCCAGAACAUCUAAAACUUACAACGCUGGGCCAUUUGGAGAAAGCCGUGGUGCUGGAGCUCACGCUGAAGCAUGUGAAGGCCCUGAGCACUCUCCUGGAGCAACAACAGCAGAAGAUCAUCGCCCUGCAGAAAGAUCUGCAAAUAAGUGACCAUGGAGGUGACGGCUCAGUUGACAGCGAGGAGAUGUUUCGCUCUGGUUUCCACCUCUGCGCCAAAGAGGUUCUGCACUACUUGGCCAGCCAGGAGAGCCGACAGCUGAGCGUGUCCCACGUCAUAAGCCACAUCCACAAAGUCGCGGACGAGGUCCUCCACCAUCAGGGCAGAGGUCAUCCUGAAGAACCACCAGCCCUUCACACAACAGAGAAGAAAGCUGCCACUAUGCCGCCCCUAGCACAGGCUAAAAACUGCGUUCCCGUCAUUCAAAGGACUCACCCUCACGGGACAGGAGAACUGAGCGGCAGUGACACAGACACAGACAGCGGCUACGGCGGAGACCAGGACAAACGGGACCAAUCUAAUGAACACAUCAAGCAGGAGGGCAACGAACCUCCGACCAAGAAAUCCAAACUUUCAGAAGAGACUGCUGCCAGGGAUAACUAUAUCAACUUCUCCCCCAACCAGCCGCCAUUUUGCUUGCCGUUCUACCUCAUCCCACCCACAGCAGCUGCCGCGGCUUCUGCCUACCUGCCCAUGCUGGACAAGUGCUGGUAUCCGGGGGGCAUGCCGGUCAUGUACCCGUGUGUGAGCAGCUUACCUCAGGAGACGCUGCCCUCUUCAUCUCUCGUCAUGUCCUCCAGAUCGGGUUCGCCACAGCUCCAUCAUACCUCAGUGGACUCUACGCUGCAUAAAGCUUUAAAGAAAAUCCCUCCUCUCAAUGUGGAAACCAAAGACUAGAAUAUCAGAAGUUUGAAUGUUCAAGAUUAAUGCACUGGUGUCCUCUUAGUUUGUUGGCUUUUUGAGUCGCUACACCCAAAAUAAACUAUUACGGAGGCAAUUUUUAGCGCCCGUGUGAAGGCUCAAAAAGCUGACCGGUUAUCGCGUGGAAUCACUGUGAACAAUGAAGAGGAUUUUUUUUUUGCAAAGUUGGCGAGCUUCACUGUUGAAUGUCUCAAGUGGAAUGUAAGGCACAGAUAAGCCCAGAAUGCAUUUGCACACAGUGGUUUGUUAUGAAUGUACAUUUUUAAACAGCCCCUUGUAGAUGCUGCUUAAAGCUACCUGAUGUAUACAGUAGGUCUAAGUGAUCUACUUUUAACUGCAACGUUUAUUCUAGACUAGAAUGUUGGUCUGGUUAUUAGUGAGGACCAGUUCGUAGCCUCUGUCACUCCUUCAUUUCCCUGGAACUUUCUGACACAUUUGACAGGUCUGGAGUCAGGGCGUUGUCACUGUAAGAGGCGUGUCACUCAUAUCUGCUAAGGAGUGAGCUGACCACACAUGCUUUUACAAAUACUCAUGACCAGUCUGUGUCUAUUUUCCGUCAAGUGUCGUCUUUACUUUUGAUACAGUGUUUCAGUAGCCGAAGGUCGUUUGCUGUUUGCCAUCUGUACGUGUAGAUAACGAUGUGAUUUUUCCCCAUUUCCUGGUCAGUUCACGACCUCCCUUUAGCUCAUGCUGUUGCCUUUACGCGCAGACACAACACAACAGUGGCAGAUGUUUCGGUUAUGUUUGCUUUAUUGUGUAUGUGGCAAAAAAGAGUGAAUGUAAUAUUUCAAACAAAAAUAAUAGUUUUGUAAAAAAAAAAACGAAAAAAAAUGAAAGAAAGAAAAAAAGGUACUUUGGAUUUUUAUUUUGAAAAGUAAAUGAAGAUUUUUGUUGUAUAUAUAUUUUGUAUAUAAUGUAUUAUUGAUAUACAUUAGAAUAUUAAUAAAGCUUUUUUUCCCC